AUGCCUUCUUCAUCGCCACAGGCAGCUCUCACAGACGAACAACUGGCUGACUUCACCGAGUUGGCGACAAGAUUAGAGCGCAUAUUCACUGGGGAGGCAAAAGACAGAGGAUGCUUGGUUCCCAGCUAUUUGAUCGACUCUCUUCUACGCAUCGAAACGCCUAUCCGCGCACAGCAUCUUCAGCAGGUUAUUGGCGUUUUACACAAAUACGAAGCAGAUAUAGUGCAAUCAUUGAAUACCACCUCCGUGCGUUGUCUAGCCUACCUGCUUCUCAAUCUGGACGUUGAGUCCGAGCAGGAAACUGGACUAAAUCUCUUGCUUGACGAAUCAAACUAUGUCGUCGAGGGAAAACGGAAAAGAUCGGAAGUGACGCUGCUUCGUUUUCGGAACCAGCUGCAGCUCGUUCAACGCAAGCUGAUCCAGACGCUAUAUGACUUAUUCGUAGACGAAAGACGAAACAAGCAGCGUCGCCGACUGGCGGGUAAAUUCCUUGUGGAAAUAUUGCCUGGGACCAAGGAUGUUAGCAAUUUGCCCUUUGAAAUCCGGGAUCUGGAUAUAACCCGAAUUAUCUCGAUUAUAUUAUACGAAAAUGAUACCGUGACCAGGUUCUUCGCGGGGACUUUUUUACAGAUACUUCGCCUUUCCGAAAAAGAGACCAAGCGACUUGGUCAUACCCACGACUUUAAAUUGUCGGAUAUGCUUUCCAAGAGCAUGAUUGCUUUCCCAGAGGAACCGGUCAAGUUCUUCCACCAUUACGAGUGCGAAGUGCAGCGUAUACAGCGGGAACCUGAGAAAAGCACUAUUAUUGUGCCAUCUUGCGAGCUUGUCCAAUCGAGCAACGGCGAAAACAAGACAUUAGCACAGGGUACUGAGCUACUCGGCGUAGUCAGUCCGAAGUCUUUGACAUUCAUACUCGCUGUGACUCGCCCAUCCGGGAAACUUUAUCGAUUCAUUGAUAUUUCGACGCGGUCUACCUUAGAGUCUGUACGCAUAUUCAGGCAACACACAGAUGACGGAAUGUCCCGCCUGAUAUUACAAUUUGAUGUGGAUGCUUCACUAUCAGUGAAUGGGAAGAGUCAAAUCUCGGGAGAAUCAACACUCAGUAUAAUAUCACAUCAUGAUUUGACGGACUUGCGUACGACGAUUGAGACAAAUGGCAAGCAGACGAAGAGGCAAAGCACCGAAUUGAGCACACUCACCCGGAUGUCAUCGUCCAUCAUAAUAUCGCUCGAUACCUAUGAUGAUAUCAGCAAGCCAUUCGACCAUAGCCAGACACUAUUUGAAAAUGAAGAGCAACACUCCAUAUGUGGCUUGGGAUCGAAAUGUAUUCAGCCUGAGAAUAACACCUGUGAAUCAGAAGCGACGUCCGGCAGCCAUGACCCUAGCGCCUUGUCUCAACGACCCGAAUCAGCUCGCGGGACCUCUGUCAUGGGAGAUAGCGUCCAAACUUUGCGUCCCCGCAGUUUCAGCCAUCAUUUUCCGAAGCAGCAUGGUUGUGAGAAGUCAUCUGUGGCAUUUGGACGGAAGUCAUCAGACCGAAGUAUGGCAGAUGAGGGCGGAAAUCUUUUGACCCCGAAGGAGUAUUCUGAAAAUUCAGCCGACAAGCCGCACAAAGGGCGCUCUGGCUGCGCCCUGGCAGAGGUUGAUGCCGGCACAUGGAAGAAGAGUUCGCCGCAUGUCCACCCUAAUCACUCUCAGGUGUCCGAAGAAAAUGAUGCUGGCUGGCUACCCGUGAAGAAAAAAAGACAGCGAUCCAGAAGCCACCAGCAGAGGAAAGGAUUGACAAGUAGUAAAAAGGCUAGAUGCCUAGUGCCUGACACCCAGGAAUCCUUGAUCUUUCCGAUGCGGCACUCCACAAGGAAGAUUUAUACUCAUGCCAGAAUUUCUGUUGAUUGGGAUGAAGACCUACGACCAAGCGAUGACCCUGAAGAGCCUGAAGAGCCCGAAAGCCAGAAAAGUAUUGAUGUCACUUCCAUUUCAUCUCCUCCGCCCGGAGAGAAAUCUAUCUUUGAUCAGACGUCCAGAAAAGGAACCAAAAGAAAAUCGAAUGGCAAGCCAUCGUCCAGCAAGCGCAGAAAAACAUCCAAAAAGAGGGGUCUCGACAGGGAAGGCCAGCAUGAGAUUACAGAAAGUAAUUCAGUCCAUAAAUCGAAAUCGGAAGGUACGGAUGAUGUAAACAACUUGUCUGAGAUGAAUGGUAAGAUUGAAACUUCGAAAGGAAGUCGCACCAAGGCGGAUAGAGUGUCUAAGGACAAGAGUGUUGGAGAGGGCAGUGCCCAACAACUUGAGAGGUUUACCGAUCAGGCACCGGAGGCUGCACUGGUCGCAGUGACAGAAAUAUCGGGUGUCGAGCGAAGUAUUGCAUUCCUAAUGGAUCAGGCACAGGAACUGGGCUGCCCGCCCAUUUUCGAGUCGUUGAAGGCCACCGGCGAUCAACAUGCAUGCCAACCGUCCAAUCAACAAAUUCGGAAGGCAAGUUCCGACUGUGAAGAGACACAGAUUAUUUCGUAUCCAGGUUUCGAAGAGAAUGAGCUUGGAGGUAGAGGAAAAAUCGUGGGCGAGAAGUUGGCUGCCGCCAUUCAUGAUGGUUGCUCUUUCUACCUCCCGGCAGAGGAAAAGCAGGAAGAUGCGACUAUUCCCAACGGAGUCACUGGCUUAGUAGACAAAGAAGACGUUGAAAGCCACGCAAUAAGCCCUUUGGCAUUACAGAAUGAAGAUUCCGAGACCCGCUCGGUCAAGGUACAGCCCCAGGAGGCCUCAGUGUCCUCGACGAAGCGAACGACACGUCUCUCUUCAGAUGCCGAGCCGGCGGUAGCGGAGGAACAGACUAGCCAGGAAUAUUCUCAGAUUAUACAGCAAAUUUCGCCAACGAGGCUAAGGAGCAGGAAAAGGAGGGCUGGCCAAACCGAGAAAGACAAUGCAUCGCGGAAAAAGAGAGCACAGAAGAAGCCCUCAACGGUGGCAAGCAGUGAACCAGAAAGCCAGGCUGAUAAGUCUGAAUCUCAAUCCCAAGAGGCUUGUGGCCCGAGGAAAAGCGAACCUGGCUUAUAUGCCUGGAAGAAGGCAGAUCUCGAAAAUGGUAGAGAGCAGAUUUCGGCUGGAGAAACGGAAAGGAUUACUUCUGGUUAUCACAGUCUCAAGUCGAUCCGCCUGAGACAGAACCCCGAAAAGGGAGAUCCAUCAGAUUCAGGCGGCCCAAAGAUACUCUCUCGAGUUAGAAACAUCCCGAAACUGACUCCCAGAAAGACCAUAGUUGACAACAAUGGAAGUCCCCGGCUGGUCUCACGACACACUGCUGGAUCCCAAAAUUCUAACCACACAAACCUCAACCUUGAACCAGGGCACGCAUCAAGGAUGCGGGCAGAAAUGAGUUUGAUUUCACAGGGAAUUAGUGAAUCUGGAUACGAAGCGGAUUUUGAUGAGCAACCAGAAGAAGAAGUCCCCCUUGAGAAACCCAUGGUCUCUUCAUUCCGUACAAAGAUGGAUGCUCACCAUGGCAAAAAUCUUCCCAAAAAUUGCAAAACAGCAACGCAUGAGGAAUUUUCUGAAGAAUCUCUUUCUGUGACUGGCGGCAGUAAGGGGUUGAUCACAUCAAAAGUCGUAACCGCCUCUGGAGAUGAGUUCACGUUGUACUUUUCAUCGAAGCCACCCAAGAAGUCACCGAAGGUGGCAAGAAGGAUGGACUUGUCGAAUGCAGAAGACAACGGAGCGACGCAGUUUUCAUUCAAAGAAGAUGGGUGCUCCAUUCAUUCCAGCUGUGAUCCAACUGAAACGAGCACAAGCAGCGAGGAGUUGCCUGGUCAAGCGGACUUGGCGACAUCAUUGCAGUCACUCCAUGAGAGCGCCCGCGACAUGCUACUGAUUACAAACGAGCACCUAUUGCACCAGCUUAACAAGGAGAGGGCGACUAUCAAUAAAUGCCUGGACUCGUACCGCCAGCAAUACAACCGAGUGCUAGACCAACUUGUCAAGAGGCAAGAAGAGCGCAUCAAGCUGUGUAAGCAGCAGAUGAAAGCGAUCAAAAAUCAUCACUCAGAUCUUUGUCAGGAGUUGAUCCAUCGCCUUCAGGAAAAUGAGCAGCGUUUACUGAAGGAUGUCAGCGAGGAAGAUUGA